AUGAACUGUUUUAAGGCGGAACUGGCUUUUACAAAAUUCUACAGCAAAAAAUCAACUCUAGAAAGACAAAAGAAGGCUGGAAUUCCAUUUCUGCCUAGACAGAAGUUUCUUAUCCGGGCUGGAUUGGGUAUGCAUGUGCUGGAUUGGAUUGUUCCCAACUUCAAUUGCUCAGCUUCAGCUGCAAAUCAAUACCAAAGUUUGAGUUUGGCAGAGCUUUAA